AUGGCGGCGUCCGCUGCUGGCCUGGGUGGCGGUCCGGGCCCCGGGCCUGAGGCUGGGGAUUUCCUGGCCCGCUACCGCCAGGUGUCGAACAAGCUGAAGAAGCGGUUCCUGCGGAAGCCGAACGUGGCAGAGGCGGGCGAGCAGUUUGGACAGUUGGGCCGCGAGCUGCGCGCCCAGGAGUGCCUGCCCUACGCGGCCUGGUGCCAGCUGGCGGUCGCGCGCUGCCAGCAGGCGCUCUUCCACGGGCCUGGGGAGGCGCUGGCGCUGACCGAGGCCGCCCGACUCUUCCUGCGGCAGGAGCGUGACGCACGCCAACGACUCGCCAAGCUUGCAUGCUUCCUGAUUGCCGGCCCCCGGCCCCCCGCCCCGCCGCCGUCGCUCCUCAACCUUCCGGUCGAAGCCCCCGCCCCACUAGACUCGGUGUACCAACGGGUCUGUCCACCCCUCCGUCCCGCACCCGGGUUGCCGUUGUCCGUUCGCCCCCAUCACGACGCCACAGUCACGGUCUUGAGCUCCGGCCCAAGGAACACCAUCCCUCCCGGGCCCGUCCCGGGCUCUCACUUGCUCAGAGCCAACGCGGGGGUCUUCUGUGCCCCAGCCUCACCCCCAGCCCAGCCAGCCCCUCCCACCCAGGGCCACCCGCUGCAGCGUCCCCGAGAGAAACUGCUCUUCUCGGUCCUCCCGGACUCCGACCGCUCCCCGCACCGCAGGCGGACGCCGCCACCACCCCCGCCCCUCCGCCGCUCCAACGAGAGGGGCGCCCCACAACCACGUCCCACGCAAAGCGACUGA